AAAUGGCAAAAUCCAUUGGCUAUUAAUUCACCUCAACGAAUCAAAACAUGACACGUAGAAAUAUUCCCUUCCCUUACACGUCAGAUUCUCAUUUACAAAUUUCCCGAAUACCCAUAUUACCCUCCCCCCCACUCUUUGUUUUCAGUGUUUUUAAAAUUGAAAAGAUUUUAGCAGUUCUAGUCGCCUAAAAAACACAGUUCACGCAAUACCUUUUUCUCUCUCUACACAUAAGCUCUCUCGCUGUUUCUCUCUCUACCUGUAUACAUACAUAUAUACAUAUAUACAUGUACGAGUAUUGUUUAUUGCUUUGUUGCAGCUUGAAUUAAUUUGGCGAGGGAAGUUAAUUUGGUGAUAGGGUUUCUGGUGUUGAAUUUGGGAGUGUACUUGGGGCUAGGGUUAUGAAGGAAAGCGUGGCCGUUCGAUUGUGGUUCAGUUGAGGUGGGGAAUCAAAAGGUGAGGAUUUCGUCUCCGGAUGGAGGGAGGUAGCGUCUCUACACUUACUUCUUCUGGCAUAAACCAAUGGAUUAUAGUGACAAUGACUAUGAAGGCCAGAAUCUUCACUUAGCUGGAGAAGAGACAUCUAAGAUCUCUUCUGUUUUGCGACCAUUUGCUCUUCCGAAAUUUGAUUUUGAUGACAGUCUUCAUGGGCAUUUGAGAUUUGAUAGUUUAGUUGAAAACGAAGUUUUUCUUGGCAUUCCAAGUCAGGACGACAAUCAGUGGAUUGAGGAUUUUUCUCGGGGAGGAAGUGGAAUAGAGUUCAGCUCCAGGGCAGCAGAAUCUUGUGCUUUGCCAAGGCAUAUCAAUGUCUGGUCUGAGGCAACAUCAUCUGAAUCUGUUGAAAUGUUAUUGAAGGCAGUUGGACAAGACGAAAUGGUCCCAGGAGAAAAUAUGAUCGAGGAAUCAGAUCCAGGUGAUCAGCUGGGCAGCUCAACAAGAUCAACGGAGAACAGCUUGAGGCAGGACUGUAAAGUUGAUGAUGUUGACAAUGGAGAUCCUUCUUUACCGCCUGCUGAAGUUGAGGGAAACAUUUCUAGGUUAAAUCAGAGUACAGGAGUUGAAGGCGUUCACACUGAACAUAUUAUACAGGUUCAGGAGAAAAAAGUUUCUUUCUAUGGAGUCCAUGUUGAUAUCAAAGAAGGUAGUUUAAAUGUUACCUCUGCGAAUUCAAAUGCUGACACGAUGAGAACCCUUGAUAAUCAAGGCGAAACUCGUGACUUGGUCGAUGAAUCUCUCUCCAAUCUAGUGCAAGAAAAAUUACCUGUUCUUGGCAUGGAGAUCGACAAUAUUGAGAGUUCCGCUCAGAAUGUUGAUGUUAGUGUUAAAGAGUCUGUUGAUCAGGAUAUAAUUAGUGAUUCUAGUUUUGUAAGUCCAAGUGGUGUAGCAAAAGGUAUUUCUGAUUCAGUUGAGGAACAGGACGAAAGGUGCAACAAAAAUGAUGACAGCUUGGGUGAGACUGCAGCUGAAACUGUUAAUACAGAGAGGCAUGAUUCUCAUGAAGUUCGUUCAGGAAUUGAAUCGUUAAAAGAAGAUCAUGCAGUUAUAAUUCCAGCUACUGAUUUUGAAGAAGUAUCUAGACCCGUAAAGGGAGAUUAUGUAGCUACAAUUGAUGGGUGCAAUGAGGUUGUGUUUGUGGUUGAACCUGCAAGUGGCAGUCAACAAGAAACUGGAAAUUUAUCGUCAGCCACAGAGAUUAAUCAUCUAUCGGAAGGUUAUAGCUUACUGCAUGAAAAGUCAUCUAUCUCCCUUCAGGAAGAAGAUAAUGAGAGGCUUGGGACAGAAGGCAAUGAUGUUGUUGCCUCUGCACUUUACAGCAAUUAUGAGAAGGAGCAGGUUCCUGUUAUCCAAUCUUCGGAUCAGCAUGACAGUUGUGCUGUUAAUGAAAAUGUUUUUCAUGGAAGUAACAGCUCUCUUAUGCCUAUAGAUGUUACCGUUGGGUCCUCUAUGUUACAUGCUGUACCAGGUAAUCCUUCCGAGGAAGAUGGUCAAAGCAAUAAUGCAGAUGGUCCUGGCAACCCAACAUCUUCUAGCUUUGCUGGUGAAUGUCUUGGGGAGGAAUCAGUGAUUGAUGAUAUGACAGAUGCCAGAGAUACUGCUGCAAUACAGGAAGAGGACAUACAUGAUGAGGAUCAUGUUCCCCCUCCCUUGAUAUCUGGGAGCACACAGACAUGCACUGAAGAUAUUAUCUCGAUGCCGGCGGAUGCUCAUGAAAGUGAAUUGGAUGUUCCUGCCAAUGAAAAAGAGGAAAAUAAAUUGCCUCUUGAUUCAAGUAAUAUACUCCGUGAUGACAAUGAAAAAGAAGUGGGAUCAACUCCCAUAGGUGAGAAAGUAGAAGGUGAAACAACUACUGGAUCAGAACCCAAUAAUUCUGCUAGCGAUUGUCCAGUAAUGCAUACUGAGGUUGAAGUUGUAAACCCACCAUCAUGUGCUGAGGGUGAUGAAUUAGUUGAUGGUCAUGAGCGUAAGCAACCUUCAUGUGAUACACAAAACAUGGAUCAGAGUAAAGAAAAUGAAACUGAAGCCCCUACAAGUACCUUACCAUCAAAGGAGAUUUUGGAAUCAAAUGAGCUCGCCUCUGGCACUGAAACCGACAAGGCUGAACAUCCGCUGCUUUGUUCUGCAGUAGGAGAAGCAAUGGCAAUUGAUCAAUCUGUUUCCUUGGAGGAGACUUCCAGUGUUACUAUCCCUGAUGAAGCCUGUAAGGUGUUGAAUAAAGAGAUGGAACAUUCUGCCAAUGAUUUGAUGGUGCAAGAUGAUGGUGCUGAAGCUGCACAUAUUGAAGAGCCAAUGGACGUAGAAACAGAAAGAAACCCUGGAAAAGAAUCUUUAACUGUGUCAGUUACCAGCUGUACUGUAGAAAUUGAUAAGUCUAAGCAGAUUGCUGUCCUCAGCCCUAGUGGUGGUGAUCUUUCACAAAAGGAUAUAAACGAGGGAGUGUCUCGAGAAAGAAAUGAUGUUGAAAAUAUUGGCAAAGUUCUGACAACAUCCGAGAUACCAGAAGUAAACGUUCUAUCCAAACAAGAGGGGAGCUUUACUUUCGACGUCAAGCUUCUGGAAGGUCAGGUUACAGGAGAUUCCAGCAAGGGUUUGCAAUCAUUUCCAAGAAUUAAAGCAUGCAAAAUGUCUUUGACUGGGGAAGAAUCUUCUUCAACAUCAGGUAGCAGCCAGACAGAUCCAAUGACAGUGAAAGAAAUUACUAAUGUUGGUUCUUCUCCUGGAGGUCCCAGAGGUCCCUCUGAGCGUAAACCAAGACGUAGCAGCAGUAAAUCUGGGAAGGGAAGUGCAAGUAAGGGGAAUCAGUUGAAAGAAAUGACUCCUUUGAGGCAGACUGAGAAGUGGGAUAAAUCAUCUCCGUUUUUGAGUCCGUUAGGGGCCGGUCAAAUCAUGACAUUUGAAAAUAUUGUGAAAUCAAGGGGGCCAGUUUCUAUUCCUACAUCCAGUUUGCCUGAUCUUAAUACUUCUGCUCCAUCAUCUGCAUUCUUUCAGCAGCCUUUUACUGAUCUACAACAAGUGCAACUGCGAGCACAAAUCUUUGUUUAUGGAUCUCUGAUACAAGGGGCAGCACCUGAUGAGGCUCAUAUGGUUUCAGCCUUUGAUGGAGGCAGGAGCAUUUGGGAGACUUCUUGGCGUGCUUGUGUAGAAAGGCUUCAUGGUCAGAAAAUGCAAGGAAAUAAUAGCGAAACACCUGUACCCUCUCGUUCAGGUGCUAAAGCUCCAGAUCAUACAAAUAGACAAGGCUUCCCUCAAAGUGAAGUUCUUACCUCCAUGGCUGGUCGAGCAAGCAACAAGACCAUGCCUUCUCCUGUUGUUAAUCCGAUGAUGUCUUUCUCAUCACCCUUGUGGACUAUGUCUACCCCAUCUAGUGAGGCACUGGCACCCAGCAGCAUGGUCAGAAGUGCUGUUGUUGACUAUCAGGCUGUUUCUCCCUUGAAUCCCUAUCAGACUCCACCUAUACGAAAUUACAUAGCUCAGACUACUUGGCCAUCUCAGGCUCCAUUCGCAGUACCCUGGUUGGCCUCUUCCCAAAGUUCUCCUGCCAGUACUAGUUAUCCUGCUUUUCCUAUCACAGAAUCUGUGAAGUUAACCUCAGUUAAAGAACCGUCUUUGCCUAUUUCCUCUGGUGCAAAGCAUGCAUCUCCCAUUCCUGCUAAUCGUACUGGGGACAGUACUAUGUUUGGUGAAGCUCCUUCGCAGAACUUGAAAAAGGGAAAAGUAUCAACUGGACAGACUGCUGAUAAAAAAACUAGAAAGCGAAAGAAAUCUUCUGGUGCUGAGGAUUCUGUAGAGAUAUCUGUGUCAGCUUCUCUGCCAGUUACUGUCUCUUCUAUAGUACCUAGUCCGUUGUCCGACAAGGGUGCUGCAGUUGAGGAUAUUAGUCAAAUCUCUUUCAUUGCUCGGAAUCAGGCGAACCAAAUGCCUAGACCUGUUGUCAGUAGUCAUUAUUCUACAUCAGUUGCUGUCACAACCCCCUUUAGCUUUGUGCCAAAAGGCACCACCAACCAGUUUUUCACUGUGGCAUCGCCAUCAAUUUCUAGUGAUCACCUAAAAAGAGGUGAUGUAAGUACAGAUAAGAGGGCGCUACUUAUUGGAGGUUCUAGCAACGUUGAGGAGGCUAAGUUACACGCACAGGAGGCUGCUGCACAUGCUACUGCUACUGUCACUCAUUGUGAGAGUAUCUGGAGCCAGUUGGAUCAGCAAAAAAGUUCUGGCUUGACAUCAGAAGCUGAGUCUAAACUAGCAUUUGCUGCUGUUGCUAUGGCAGCAGCUGCUUCUGUUGCAAAGGCAGCUGCUGCAGCUGCUAAGAUUGCAUCAAGUGUUGCAGUGCAAGCAAAACAUAUGGCUGAUGAAGCAUUGACCAAGUCUGGAACUAACAAUCCUCCGGCUUAUGAUUCAAUUUUGACUUCUAGUUCUGUGAAUGUGGGGAAUGCUUCGCCUGUAUCCAUUUUUAAGGGUGGGGAUCGGAACAGUGUACCCAAUUUAGCAAUAACGGCUGCUAGGGAGGCUGCUAGGAAAAGAAUUGAGGCUGCUUCAGCAGCCACAAGGCAUGCUGAAAUUCUUGAUGCCAUUGUAAAGGCAGCAGAGUUAUCAGCAGAAGCAGUUUCUCAUACUGGAAAAAUUGUUGCUAUGGGCGAUCCUUUCUCUUUGAGUGAAUUAGCAGAAGCCGGGCUGAAUAACUAUUGGAAAGCCUCACAGGUGGCUAUUGUUCCUGGUUCAAAACCUAAUGACACUACUAUGAAAAAAUCUCUGACUAGCAAUGCUGGAGGGGUUCCUAAUGUUUAUGUGAGCCAACAUGAGAGGCCUGGCAAGGAUAUGCUUACUAAAAGUGAUCUUGUAGCUCCUAUUCAAAUGGAGUUACCUAGAACUAUGGUGGAUGAUCAUGUCACAGUAGAAGAGAAUCUUAUAGCUUCUAUCACGCAUGAAGACGGCAGUUUAGAACAUCAGAAGGAUAAAAAAGUACCUGAAUCAGCUAAAACUGCUGGUGUUGUUUCUGAACCUGAUACCGAAUCUGGAUCAAACUUGUUUAGCAUAGCCAGAAUACAAGCAGGUUCCCAUGUUGAGGUUCUUAAAGAUCGUGGUGAUUUAAGGCCGGCAUGGUUUUCAGCGAGUGUAUUCAGUUUGAGAGAUGGUGAAGCCUUGGUUUGUUACACUGAACUAUCUGAUGAAGGGUCAGAUCCGCUCAAGGAGUGGAUAUCUAUAGAAGCAAAGGAUGGCGAAGCUCCAAAAGUACGCAUACCCCAUCCCAUGACCACUCUACAAUUUGAGGGAACCAAGAAGAGGCGUCGUUCUGCUAUCAAGGAUUACACGUGGUCUGUUGGAGACAGAGUUGAUGCAUGGGUUCAAGAUUGCUGGCGCGAAGGCAUUAUUGCAGAAAAGAAUAAAAAAGAUGCAACUACUUUGACUGUCAAUUUUCCAGCUCAAGGAGAGACAUUAUUGGUCAAAGUGUGGCAUCUACGACCAACUUUAAUUUGGAAUGAUGGCCAAUGGAUUGAAUGUGCACGGCCCGGGCAGGAUAGCACCAACCAGGGAGAUACGCCUCAGGAGAAGCGACCAAAGCUGGAAACCACCAGUAUGGAGGCAAAAGGGAAGGCAAAGAUGGCUAAAAACAUUGAUUUUGUAGAAAUAGAGAGGAACGAAGAACCAAGAUUGCCUUUGUCUGCUAAUGAAAAAGUUUUUAAUAUGGGUACUAUAAGGGAGGAGAAUAAACCCACCAUGCUCAGGACAAUGAGGUCUGGUUUACAGAAAGAAGGAUCAAGGGUUGUAUUUGGUGUCCCUAAGCCUGGAAAGAAGAGAAAGUUCAUGGAAGUAAGCAAACAUUACGUGUCUGAUAGGAGCACCAAGACCAAUGUGCCUAACGAUUCAGCUAAAUUAGCCAAGUACCUGAUGCCUCAAGGAACAGGGUCUCGAGGACUCAAAAGUAAUUCUAGAAUUGAUUUGAAGGACAAACAAGUAGUAGCAGAGUCUCGACCAAGAGCACUCAAGUCUGAUAAGCCACCGAGCAUCCCAAGUAGAACUGUAGCACGGAAAGACGAAUCAACCUCUUCACGACCUAAUUCACGGGGUGCUGCUGUAUCAGAUCAUUUAGUAAAGGGCUCUACAAGCAAUGAUGAGAAUGAGUCAGGUGAGGAAAACCUUGCUGCUGAAUCUGGAUCUUUACAUAACGACAAAAAGACUGCAGGAGGCCCUAUCGUUUUUUCUGCUCAAGCUCUUGCACAACAAAACCGUAAGAAAGCAGCAACAAGGAAUAUUGCAUCACAGCGGCUACACCAAGGAAGACCUGUUGCGCCUUCUGCUGGUGGAAGAUUAACAAAUAACGAAACAAAUGAAAACGUAGAUUCUGAAGUUGCGGAACCCCGCCGCUCGAAUCGCCGAAUUCAGCCAACAUCAAGGCUAUUGGAAGGGCUGCAAAGUUCGCUGGUAAUCUCAAAGACCCCAUCAUCUUCACAUGACAAAAGCCAGAGGAGUCUGCAGAAUAAAAGCACGACAAACAGAGGGAACAAUAGCCGCGGUUGAUAGGGCAGCAGAGCUGGAAGAAAGAGGUGUUAUCUGUAGUAGUUGUUGCUGUUGUUGUUAUCUGUAGAUUUAUUUGUUAUAUAAGAAAAGAGUUGUUAGAGUGAGAAUGUGAUUUUGCUUGCUCACUUCUUUGUGGUUUCAGAUAUAAAAUUUAGGCAGUAGGUGUCAAUAUUGAUUUUAGCGGGAAUACACGAGUAGAGAUCUUUUUAAAUUUCAUGUUCCUUUGUAUAUUGGAAACUUGUGAUACUUCGCCGUUAACUUUGCAGACGAAGCCUAACUUUAUUAAACUUGCGCAACUGAUAAAUGUUAGUCUGUCUUAGUAUGU